UUACUGUGUUGUCAAGUAACUUGAAAUAGUCGUCAGCGUGGAUGUCCAAGGAACUUAGACAUGGAUUCUGUUACAAAAGAAGAGAAAAAGGAAACACAGGCCAGUGCAACAAUGUCAAAGAAACAACUCAGAAGACAGCAACGACAAGAGAAAUGGUUAUCCAUAAAAGCAGACGUGAGAGCUAAAGAAAAACAGAGAAAGAAGCAGAAAAGACGAGAGGCCUUAGAGAGAGGAGAUGUCAUGGCACCUACCAGGAAAAAGUUGCGGACUAACACAAUGGCGAAAUCUUCUUGUAAAACUUCUGUAGUAAUAGAUUGUUCUUUGGAUAGUUAUAUGGGGGAGAAGGAUAUCAUGAAGCUAGUGAAGCAAAUUCAGUUUUGUUACUCCAGCAAUCGAAGAUCACAGAAUCCUAUGCAGUUUUAUGUUACUGGUGUACAUGGCCAAACAAAAGCAAGACUGGAGGGCAUUGGAGAUUAUCAGAACUGGGAUGUGAAUUUUACCAGCAAGGAUUACAAUGAAGUAUUUGAGAAGGAGAACAUUGUCUAUUUGAGUAGCGAAUCGGAAAACACACUGCAGGAACUAGAGCCAAAUAAAGCUUACAUCAUUGGAGGACUUGUCGAUCAUAAUCAUUACAAGGGGUUGUGUCAUUCCUUAGCAACAGAGAAAGGUGUAGGACAUGCAAGACUCCCAAUCUCAGAGUUCCUAGAUAUGAAAACCAGAAAAGUUCUCACCAUUAACCAUGUGUUCGACAUACUUUUAAAAUACACAGAAACAAAGAACUGGUCUCAGUCAUUUUGUUCAGUUAUACCUCAAAGGAAGGGGGCCCAUGUUAAACAGGACAUUGAGUCAAGUUUUCAAACAGGCACACAGAAAUGUGAAACUAGUUCACAGACAAAAAAACCAGGAUAUUGAAUCUACAACACACAGAGAGAAUGAAGACUGUCUCAAAAGUGAAAAACAAGAAAUAAAAUCUCAGGCUUCCUCUUCAGAAGAAAAUAACUGUCUCAAAGGUGCAAAACAGGAAAGAAAACCUCAGGCUUCAUCAUUAGAGAAUCAGGACUGUUUAAAAGGUGAAGAACAAGAUGUAAAACCUUAGCCUUCCUUGGCAUCUUGUACGGUUAACAAUGAUAACAAGACCUAUGACCAAAGUAAACAGUGAUCCUUCAUAUGAGUGAUGUAACUGGGCUUGAUCAGUCAGAAAUGGCUGACCAUAAACUCAAUUCUGAAAGAAAGUGACAUUAUCUAGAAAUGCAUGUCAAGUGAAUAAAUAAAUUAGAAUUCUAUUUA